AAACUCUUCUAAUGAUUGUGAUAUAUUGUUGGAAGAACUCUCACCUGAUCUCACACGUCAUUAAAGGUUGAUGCUCCUCAAUGAAUGAAGGGAUGGACAUCUGGACAGCAGAGAAAAUAAUUCUUCUUGGUUUUCUGUUGAAAGGUGUUUGUUGUAGAGAUUUCAGCAUCAGUCUGCCACAGAACAUUCAAGCUCUCAGUGGAUCCUGUGUGAUCAUAAAGUGCAGAUUUGAGAUUGAGGAAAAACAUGACAAAAACCUCGUUCCUGAGAGUGCUGCUACAGGACUGUGGCUCAAAGAUGGAUAUAAGAUGAAUGACCAUCUAGUGUUUCACUCCACAGAUCCCAAACCUAAUCACUUUAAUGGGAAAAUAACUGGAAACCUACGUGAGAAGAACUGCACCACUGUCUUCUAUAAUGUUAGUUCAAAGCACACUGGUAGAUAUUACUUCAGGAUUGAAAGUGGUGAUUUGAAAUACAUCUACUCUGUAAAUACCUCCACUAUAAAUGUGAUUGACUCUCCCCCCAAACCCAGAGUGCAGCUGUAUGUGGAGCAGAAGGAGGUGCAGGAUCAGGAGGAGGUGUUGGAGGGGAGCUCUGUGAGUCUGCGCUGCUCUGCUGAGACUCUCUGCUCCUCUCCUCCACCAACUCUCACAUGGAGCUCCACUCCCAGAAUCCCCCUCAGUGAGAGCAGCAGACUAGAGGAGCUCAUCUCUGAUCUGAACUUCACUGCUACUCACCGUCAGCACAGAGUCACUUUCACCUGCACUAUAACCUACCAGCUACAGGACGAGAACAAAACAGCACAGGACAGCAUCACAUUACAUGUUCAGUAUGCUCCUAAAAAUACAUCAGCUUCAGUGAAUACCUCCAGCUCUGUGUUGGAGGGCAGCUCAGUGACUCUGAUCUGCAGCAGUGAUGCAAAUCCAGCAGUGAACUACACCUGGUCCAGAGAGAGUGAAGGACAGAUGGAGCAGCUGCAGACUGGAGACACUCUUACCUUCGAUAGGAUCGACCUGAAACACAGAGGCUGGUACCACUGUGCAGCUCAGAACCAACAUGGCACACAAAACUCUUCAGUGAUGCUGGACAUUCAGUAUGCCCCUAAAAUCUCUCCAUCCUCCAGCUGUACCAGGACUGAUGUAACUGUGUGUUUCUGUGAGGCUGAUGGGAAUCCCUCUCCUGAACUGGAGUGGCAUCUGUCUGGACGUCCUGUCACUAACUCUUCAAACACGUUCAUCAGUGAAGAGCGAUUGAGCAGCACAGGCUUGAGGAGCUUCAUCACUCUUCAUCAAUCUCUCACACACACAUCCACUCUGCAGUGUGCCAGCAACAACACUCAUGGCACUGCAAGUCAAUGGUUUUAUAUGCUUUUUAUUUCAUAUAACUGA